GGAAAAUAAGAGGGGAACUGAGGUGUCGAGGGCUUGAACCCAGGAAAGUAAUUUCGUGAUUUGAAGGAAAAGCAGGGAUGUUUCUAUAAAUGGCUGCAAGUUGCCCCCUUUUGUUUUUCCCCUCCGUUUCCACUCAUCUUGUACUUGCAGUUGAGAGAGAAAAUAGUUAAGAGAGAAAGAGAGAGAAAUUCCAAAGACUCCAAGCGGACUCUUAAGACCUUGCAACAGAGAGCCAAAAAAAAAAAAGAAAAGAAAAUUAGAAAAAAGGAAUAUUACAAAAGAGAUGAAGAACUGCGAACUGUGCAAAGGUCUGGCUAGGACCUACUGCGAAUCGGAUCAGGCGAGCCUAUGCUGGACCUGCGACGUUAAGGUCCAUGGAGCAAACUUCCUGGUGGCUAGACAUACCAGGAGCGUUCUCUGCCACGCCUGUCAGGCUCCGACGCCAUGGAAAGCUUCCGGUGCCGAACUCGGCGUUACAGUUUCGGUUUGCGAAAACUGCGUUGUCGGAGUCAGAAAUAGAGGUCAACAGGAAGAGAGCCAAGGAGGCAAUGAAGAUGAGAUUGACACUGGAGACGAUGAUGAUGAUGAUGAUGAUCUAAAUGGAGACGAUGACGAUGAUGAUGAUGUUGAUGGUGCUGAUGAUGGGGAAGAGGAUGAAGAAGAGGCGGUUGGUGAUGGUGACGAUGAUGAUGAAGAAGACGCGGAUAAUCAGGUGGUGCCGUGGUCUUCCACUUCGACGCCGCCUCCACCGGCUGCAAGCUCUUCGAGUAGCGAAGAGUCCGUGAGCAGGUUUAACAAUGGCGGUGGCGAAGUUUCUGAAACAGCUCAAGUGUUUUCUUUGAAGCGAUUGCGAGAGACCGAUCUUCUUCCACCUCAGGAAGAUCUCGGUCGUUCAUCUUCGCAACGGAGAUAUUCGUCUGGAACUGACGGCGAAGCAACCACUCCUUUAGACUACACGAUGACGAGGCCCUUGAAAGACCGUAGAACCGGAACGGAUCGGCCCGGUCAAGCCCAAACCGGUUUGCGAGCUCCGACUGUUGUUGACUCGCUAAAGAGAUUUCACCGGCAAGAUAACGGAGAACUGAGCAGACAAUCUGGAGCCAUUGAUCUUAAUUCUCCGGCGUCUCCAAACCGUUCGAUCUGAGUCAGUGAAGCUUUGCUAUUGAGUCUAGAAAAGACUUGACACCGUCCAAUUGAUGUAUGGAGCGUGAUCACCAAUUCUAAAAAUGGCAGGUGUCAGAAGAAUGCCAUGGCUAACCUUAAGGCACGCAAGUCUAUCAUAAAGCUCUAGGUGGGGGGACCUCUGGUAAUGCAUGUGGACGGAGGUCGUCUCUGUAACACUACUACUAUUGUGAUAUUUUACAAUGCGUGUCAUCCCUUGUAGCCUUAUAUCCCAGUGAGUCAUCCAACCAGUUAUGGGAAUACUGUGCUUGUUUCAUUUGCCACACUUUUUCCUGCACCUCUCUGGUCUAUUAUGGAGACUGAAUGGUUUUUUAUGGUAGCUACUUCAGCUAGUGGAUUACUUUUUCUUAGACUGGUUGAUUAUACGGAUUAGCUUUGGCUUAUUAAGCAGAUAAACAUUAAUUGUUGAUAAGAUGAAUCCUGAUUGGGUUCUUCA